GGGCAGAGCAGCGAGCGCAAGGACCGGGCUGGGCUGAGCCGCGGGAGCUGCCGGGGAUGGAGCGGCCGGGGAUGGAGCUGGAAGCUGUGACUGACUUCAAAGCCCUCCGAGCAAAAUUUCAGAAUGGCUCUGGCUUGGCCAACAAGCCGGGGCAGAAACCUCCCACGGAGAGCAGCCCCAAGCCUGGCUCUGCAGGGAGCAGCACAUCCAGCCCUGUGCCCCGGCCCAAGAGAGAGGUGAGGAUGGCCAAACCUGCCCAACCCACCUGCCAGCCCCCUGUGCUCCCCCAGCACAGCCCCUUGGCUCGGCACAAGGGCAGCACCUCGGGGAAGGGGCUGAGCUCCCCCAGCAGCAGCUCAGAAAAGCUGUCCUGUGGCACUGAGCACCAGGGAUCCAGCCAGACCUCUCCAGAGGACCCUCAGCUCCCAGAUUCCUUCCAGCACGUCCUGCAGAUCUGGGAAGAGACUUUAUCCCGCAAGGAGAGAACAAAUCCAAGGAUCCCCGUGCAGAAGGGGGCAAACUCAGCUGCUGCUGCCCCAGGCAGGAUGGCAGCCCCUGGGAGCUCCCCUGAGCUGCCCUGGCGUGCCCAGAGGAAGGAUGCUCUGCCUGGCAGUGGCACAGCUCUUCCUCAGCUUCCCAGGGGAUGCAGGAGCUCUGAUGGAGUGCUGGCACCAAGAGAGCCACCUCAGCUGCAGAAAGAAUCAGAGCCUCCCUUCUGCCAGCCUGGAAAAUGGUCUUACAGCCCUGGGAGCAAGUGGCCAAGGAUCAAACCUCUCCCUCCAGCUGAAUCCCUGGGUCCUGCCCCUGGGAAACCUCCAAGACCCCCAAAGGUUGAUCUCAGUGCUUUCCAAAGCACCAUGCCUUUGGUCCACAGAGGAAAUGAAACAACUGCUGCAGAGGAGGAUUACCUGACCCCUGAGAGUGCUCAACUUGAAGGGCAGAAUAAUUAUGAAGAAGCCCCGAUGUACCUGAAUCAGUCUGGGGACAGCACAACCUUGUGUGUCAUUGAAGUACCUAAGGCAGAGCCUCAAAAACACAAGAAACAGAAGAUUUUUCCAUUUGCCAAAUCCAGUCCAGAAAGAGCUCUAACAGAGGAUGAAAAAGAGGGAAAACCAAGUCAUGAUAGAACAAAACUGGAAGAGAACAAAAUUUUCAAGGCAGGUGGGGAUGAGCACGUGUCUCUGCAAGGGAAGCAGGAUGUGACCAGUCCCCAAACUGCAACGUACCCAACCCCACCAGGGCUGGCAAAAGGCAGAGCAGAGCACUGGCCCAGCUUGGGUGUUGGUCCAAAUGCAGAAGGAGCAGCCUUGGAGCAGAGCCCUUGGCAGGCAGCAGAGAACAUCUAUGAUGAUGUUGGGGAGCUGCAGGACAGACUCCACGGCUCAGAUGCCUCCAGUUCCUUCACUUCAGACAGCAUUUCAGGAAACAGCUACGAGGAGACAUAUGAAGAUGUUGAGAUUGGGGGUGAUAGCCCAGCAAAAACAGAAACAGAAAAACAAAAGAGAUUUGGAAACCUGUUUAAGAUAGACAAGUUGAAGCUGAACAAUUUCAGGCUCAAGGACAACCUAAGACUGGUUUCCAUUUCAGUCCCAAAUUUAGCAGCUGUCUCCCAGGAGGACAAUGUAUAUGAUGAUGUUGAGGUGGGGCAGAGAGAGACCAGAGGGAAGGAUGAGAAGGGCAAAGUCUGGAUGCCAAAACUUCGGAUGGUGAAGGAGAGCAAGGACAAAAGGAGAAGCGUGGACGACCUGGACAGCAGAAAUAUCUUCAAAUUCAAGAAGAACAGUGAAGAAAAGAACAAGAAGGUGGAUGAAGAAGAGAAACUCUUCAGAGAGACAUUCAUGACAGUACUGAGUGCCCUGAGAGCUGCUGUCCCCUGGAGCAUCCCUGAAGGUCUCUUUUGUGCUUCCUGAAUCCCUGACAGCCCACGUUGGUCAGCUGUGGGGUGAUGAUGGGAAUGUAAAUAAAGCUGGGGUUUUUUACACUGUUUAA